UGGAGUGGUACUUCCAGAUUUGAAGUACUUGACAGAAGCAUCAGUAGCAUCCACAAGAAUCUUUAACAUGAUUGACAGAAAAGCAGUAAUUGACGGUGAAGACACAACAAAGGGAAUAGUGCUAGACCAAAUUAACGGGAACCUAGACUUUGAACAUGUGAAAUUCACAUAUCGUUCAAGACCAGACAACCUCGUACUCAAUGACUUCAAUCUGAGGGUUGAAUCAGGUAAAACGGUUGCACUUGUUGGUGCAAGUGGGAGUGGAAAGUCAACGGCAAUAGCGUUGGUGCAAAGGUUCUAUGAUGUGGAUGAAGGUGUUGUGAGGGUUGAUGGUGUUGACAUAAAGAGGUUGCAGUUGAAGUGGUUGAGGGGUAAAAUGGGGCUUGUGAGUCAAGAACAUGCAUUGUUUGGGACAUCUAUUAAGGAGAAUAUUAUGUUUGGAAAGCUUGAUGCUACCAUGGAUGAGGUUGUUGCUGCUGCUACUGCUGCUAAUGCUCAUAACUUUGUUAGGCAGCUCCCUCAGGGUUAUGAAACCAAGAUUGGAGAAAGGGGAGCACUUCUUUCAGGAGGACAAAAGCAGCGAAUAGCAAUUGCAAGAGCCAUCAUAAAGAAUCCGGUGAUUCUUCUUCUUGAUGAAGCAACCAGUGCUCUUGACUCUGAAUCUGAAUUACUUGUCCAAAAUGCCCUUGAUCAUGCCUCAUUGGGCAGGACUACAUUGGUUGUUGCACACAAGCUAUCAACUGUCCGAAAUGCAGAUGUCAUAGCCGUUGUCAACGCCGGUUCCAUCAUCGAAAUCGGCACGCACAACGAGCUCAUAACCCAUCCAAACGGCCAAUAUGCAAAGCUAGCAAAACUCCAAACACAACUCAGCUUUGAUGAUCAACAAGAAAUAUCCAAUGCUCUUUCUUCUGCAGCAAGAAGCAGUGCUGGUAGAACCAGCACAGCAAGAUCAACAAGCCCUGCAAUUUUCCAAAAAUCACCAAUCCCUAUUGAUGAUAACACCAUAAACCCGGAAUCAUCUCUUGUUUCUCACCCUUCACCUUCUUUUCCAAGGCUUCUAUCUCUGAAUGCACCUGAAUGGAAACAAUGUUUAAUUGGUACUUUUUCCGCAAUAGCUUUCGGCUCAGUGCAGCCCAUAUAUGCCUUAACAAUUGGUGGCAUGAUUUCUGCAUUUUUCGCCGAAAGCCAUAGUGAAAUGAUUCACAGAAUCAGGACUUACUCUUUGAUUUUCACUUCUCUUUCUCUUGCUUCCAUCACACUCAACCUCUUGCAGCACUACAAUUUCGCAUACAUGGGAGCAAGAUUAACAAAAAGGAUACGGCAGAGAAUGCUUGAGAAUAUCUUAACAUUCGAAACGGCUUGGUUUGAUGAAGAAAAUAAUUCCAGUGGAGCAUUGUGCUCGAGGCUAAGCAAUGAGGCUUCCAUGGUUAAGUCCCUUGUCGCGGAUCGCGUUUCAUUGCUGGUUCAAACAGCUUCUGCUGUCAGCAUUGCAAUGAUCAUAGGACUCGCCGUGGCGUGGAAGCUCGCUCUUGGGAUGAUAGCAGUGCACCCACUCACAAUCCUCUGCUUCUACACAAGAAAAGUUCUUCUCUCUACACUCUCAUCAAAAUUCAUCAAGGCACAGAAUCAUAGCACACAGAUUGCAGUUGAAGCAGUGUACAACCACAGAAUUGUGACUUCAUUUGGAAGCAUACAAAAGGUUUUGACAUUAUUCGAUGAAGCGCAGGAGGCGCCAAGGAAGGAGGCGAGGAAGAAGUCGUGGCUGGCCGGGAUUGGAAUGGGGUCUGCUCAAUGCCUAACAUUCAUGACAUGGGCUUUGGAUUUCUGGUAUGGAGGGACAUUGGUGGAGAAGAAGGAUAUUUCUGCAGGGGAUGUGUUUAAGACAUUCUUUGUUUUGGUUAGCACUGGGAAGGUCAUUGCUGAAGCUGGAAGCAUGACUUCUGAUCUUGCAAAGUCCUCAACUGCUGUCAAAUCUGUUUUUGAGAUUCUUGACAGGAAAUCACUUAUUCCCAAGGCUGGUGAUUGCAACAAUGGAAGAAAGUUGGAAAAUAUGAGUGGGAAGAUAGAACUAAAGAACGUUGAUUUCGCCUACCCAAGUAGGGCAGGGACACCGAUAUUGCGCAAGUUUUGCUUGGAGGUGAAGGCAGGGAAGAGUAUUGGGUUAGUUGGGAAGAGUGGUUGUGGAAAAUCAACAGUGAUUGCAUUGAUCCAAAGAUUCUAUGAUGUUGAGAGAGGGUUUGUGAAAAUGGACAAUGUGGACAUAAGGGAACUAGAUAUUCAAUGGUAUAGGCAGCACACUGCACUUGUUAGCCAAGAACCUGUCAUAUAUUCUGGCACUGUAAGGGAUAACAUCUUGUUUGGGAAGCAAGAUGCAACUGAGAAUGAAGUUGUUGAGGCUGCAAAAGCCGCAAAUGCUCAUGAGUUCAUAUCAUCAUUGAAAGAUGGAUAUGAAACAGAAUGUGGAGAAAGGGGAGUGCAACUAUCUGGAGGGCAAAAGCAGAGAAUAGCAAUAGCAAGGGCCAUAAUAAGGAACCCAACAAUAUUGCUGCUUGACGAAGCAACAAGUGCACUUGAUGUUCAAUCAGAACAAGUUGUGCAAGAAGCAUUAGACAGGAUCAUGGUGGGAAGAACCACCAUUGUUGUAGCACAUAGGCUCAACACCAUCAAAGAACUUGACUCGAUUGCAUAUGUCUCAGAGGGUAAGGUUCUUGAGCAAGGAACCUAUGCUCAACUUAGGCACAAGAGAGGUGCCUUCUUCAAUCUUGCAUGCCAUCAAAUCCAAAAUUAGGUAGCAAUAAUAAUAACAAUAAUGUAAUUAUUAUAAUGAAAAUUUACAUGUCUUGUAA